UAGCUCCUGGAUGCAAUUAGCAAGGGGCUCGAGCUUUCCGACUUCUUCUACCGUACCUUUCCUGUCCUCUGCUCCUCAUUCGUUCUUUAUCUUAAUACUUUAAUUCUUCAAGGCUUCUGCUAUACAUAUUCCCGCCACACAAGCUCUUCGGGAACCACGGACCAGAUACCUUCCUUUACCACCCAACUACACACAGUCCUUCGACACCAGUUUGCCAAUCAGGCUGCCAUUCUCUAAUCCGGCCAAUACACCGAGCUAUCACACUCCCUUACCAAAGCAAACCGACUUUGACGCCCCUGCAACCCACCUCCCUCCACAUCACCAACAAUGGCCUACCACCAACACACACAAUCCCGCUACGGGCAUUGCGACUCGUACUUCACGGAAUCACACGAUGACGGCAUCUACGUCCUCCGUGCUGAGGCUAGGGAACGUCAGCGCAGUAUUGCAAGGAUGCAACAACGGGCUAUCGCGGAAGAGCUUUCAAGACAAACUGCCGAUGAGUACCAGGAGGACAUUAUGGAGCACAUGAUGCACAUGGAGUCACAAACACUACCAGACGUCAACUCAAUCGACAUUCAGACAGAGAUCCAGUGGUUCAUGCGCCCCUACCUCCUCGACUUCUUGGUCGAAGCUCACGCCGCUUUCCAGCUGCUGCCCGAGACUCUUUUUCUUGCCGUCAACCUUCUCGACCGCUACUGCUCCCGCCGCGUCGUCUACAAGCGUCACUACCAGCUCGUUGGCUGUGCUGCCCUCCUCGUUGCUGCUAAGUACGGUGACAAGAAGGACCGGGUACCAACCGUUCGGGAACUGAAGUCGAUGUGCUGCUCGCUCUAUGAUGAUGAGAUGUUCACCCAGAUGGAAUGGCACGUUCUGCAAACCCUGAAUUGGGUCGUUGGACACCCCACCGUGGACACCUUCCUUCAGAUUGCUCUCGCCGAAGCACCUUAUGACGCCGAAGUCGAGCACAUGACACUGUACAUUGCAGAGAUUGCCCUGUUCCACAAGGAGUUUGUAUCUACACCGCCUUCAGUCCUCGCCAGAUCUGCUUUGGCCCUCGCCAGGUGUGUGCUUACACGUCCUCAAGCUAAGCCUACAGAGUGGGCUGGUGCCUACGAUGCCCAGACCGUUAUGGGCUUGUCGAACCACCUUUACCAGCCAUCGCCUGUCCUCUCAAGAAAGUACGCCUCGACACACCUAUCCAACGUCGUCGCAACUGUCGACGAGUUCCUUCAACAACAAGCACGCAACGCACAACGAGCAGCGGCCUCGCCACCGACACCCCCGCCAACACUUACUGUCGAAGAGCCCAAGCACGUCUCAGAAUACGGACCCUCGACACCCCAAAAGGUCGUCUACAGCGCCAUCAUGAACAACGGAUGCCUCACACCACCAAUCACACCCGAUGGUGAGGGGCAAUUCGCUGGUCACGUUGUCAAGUCACAACCGGCUUCGAUGUACCCAUCGACACCAACAUCAGAGCUGCCACCCAACGUGCCGCAUCAACAAUAUUACCACACCUCAUACCUGCAUCCCCAGCAUAUGUAAAGAUAUCCCUUGCUGGGAGCAGUUGUUGUCUUGAACAUCUCCGCAUAAUCAUGGAUUGUCUUGAUCACAACCAUGAAUAUACCCGUUGUACCAAAACUCUCCAUGUA